AUGGCGGCCGUAUCACCGCCCAAGCCCUGGGAAAGGGCAAACGCAGCUGCUACCGGUGCAUCCUCAACCUCGACCGCAAAUCCUCACACCACAACCCCAAUAACUUCGUCCUCCUCACCGCCCGCUCUCCCGGACAAACCCUCCUCCCUCGCCUCCGUCGUAAAUCGCAAUUCUUCAACGUACUCCCCCGUUAACCAAAACCGUUACUCCUCCUCCCCUUACUCCGGCGUAGGAGGCUACUCCUCGCCCUAUUCGCGGUUUGGCGGCAUGGGCAAUUCGAUGUAUGGCGGGGGCUACGGCUCCAUGUACGGCGGCAUGGGAGGAAUGGGGGGAAUGGGAAUGGGAGGUUACGGAGGAGGAAUGUACGGCCAGCCGGGCAUGAUGGGCAAUGGGGUUUCGAAUGAUCCGAAUAGUUUGACGAAUACGUUCAGUCAGAGCACGCAGGCGACGUUUCAGAUUAUUGAGAGUUUGGUCGGGGCGUUUGGGGGGUUUGCGCAGAUGUUGGAAAGUACUUACAUGGCUACGCAUUCGAGUUUCUUUGGUGUGUUCCUUCUUUUCCUAUGA